AUGCAUUUUUCUCCACAGUCUUUUAUUGCCUCCGUGCUGAUGAUUUCUGCCGUUCAAGCAUAUCCAGGAGUUCAAGCAGAUUCCGUUGAUGUUGAUUUAGCUACGACAACAUCAGCAAUUACUUUGGAGACUUCUCCACCUUCAGAAGGAUUCCUUGACGAUGUAGGAUUGUUUAAAUUCUUUGCAAGGGCCGCGAAGAAGACAAAGACAAAAACUACAGCAAAAACGACUGCGAAAACAACGGAGGCUGCACCGACAACUCAAAAAACCACGGCUGUAGUGACCACGCCCACAACCACUUCGAUCAAGACUACCGAGACUCCAACCAUCACAUCUAUAUCAACAAAGCCCACAUCGACUUCAACGAGUUCGAUCUCGGUAGUGGUACCAAUUAGCACAAGUACUAGCUCCAAAUCUUUGAUUUUGAGCGCCAGCUCGGUUUCUGAAUCAACGAUUUCGAGUUUGACAUCUAAAGUCUCAUCUUUCAUUAUUUCUUCCACUUCUAGCUUAUCAGUAUCAUCUGGAUCUGUAUUAUCAGGAGUUGGAUCGAUUACCAGUAGUGGAUCUUUAUCUUCUCAGACUGGUACUAUCUCCACUAGUGGGACAAUUUCAUCGGGAACCGGCUCUAUCACCAGCGGUUCUCUCACGAGCAGUGGAUCAGUAUCGUCAGGAAUUAUCUCCGUCACCUCCAGCGGGUCCUUUUCAUCAGGAACAAGCUCAACCUCCAUUUCCGGCAGCGGAACCACAACUUCCUCCUCCCUCUCAUCGUCCACCGGCUCAAUCUCCUGCUCCGUUUCAAAUACCGUAACAGACAUAACCUCCUUUGUAUCCCCAGCAACCAACACCCUCAGAUCCGUCACCAAACUCUCCACCAUCUCAUAUUCUGCUUCUAUUAGUAAAAUCGUCAUUCCAACCGGAUACCGAGAUCCUAUCAUUAGCGUCGAGGCAGGAAAUGUGGCUUUCUAUAAAGCUGGUGUUGCGGGAUACUCGAGUCAAUUGAGUGCCUACAGUGCGGCAUCGACACAAACUAGUGGGAUGACUACGCUCGCUUCUUCUACGGGGUCGUUGUCUGGGUCUGGAAGUGUCUCGAGUGUCUCGAGUGUACCAAUUGGUUCUUCUUCGUCAAGCGUAUUGAGUGUGACGUCUAUUGAAGUUGCGGUUGCGAGCAGUGUUGCCACGGAGGUUUCUAGUAUUACUAGUGCGUCAUCUUCUUCGGGAAUGGAUGUUGCUUCGGGUAUUCUGGGGGGAAUUUCCUCGAUUCUUGAUAUUUUUCAAGGAUGA